AUGACAGAGCCUGUUUGGACGCCUGAGGCAGCGGUGCCGGAAAAACUCCAAUCCCUUUUGGCCUCCAAGUCCAAGAUCAACAGCAUGCUUGCAUUUACCCAGAUCGUCCGUCUUUUGAAAACACAACCCAGAACGGGCUGGGUGGACCGUGGGAUCCCACUAGAAAAAACGGAGUCCAUCGCCGAUCACAUGUACAGAAUGUCCAUCAUCGCCAUGGCGCUUCCAAACAGACAGGUCAACAUAGAUCGUUGUGUCAAGAUCGCUUUGGUCCACGAUAUCGCCGAGUCUUUGGUUGGAGAUAUUACUCCUUUUGGAGGUGUUACUAAGGCAGAAAAACACCGUCGUGAGCUGGACACCAUCGACUACUUGGUCAAGAUUGUGUCGCCUUACAACAGUGAAUUUGCCGAGGAGAUGAAGGAGUUGUGGCUUGAGUAUGAGGAGAUCCGGUCGCCCGAAGCGGUUUACGUCAAGGAUAUCGAUAAGUUCGAGAUGAUCCAGCAGGCUUGGGACUACGAGCAGGAGUAUGGCCAGAAAUACGAUCUUAGCGAGUUCUACCGGUCGAGAAGCAACAUCAAGACGCCUGAAAUCGGAGAGCUCUGCGACGAAGUGAUCAGACAGAGAAAGGAGUUUUUUGGCAUGACAUAA